AUGCCCAUCUCACUACCAGACUUGACGGACAUGAAACUGAACAACUUGAUGGAACAAAUGAUCAGGGGCUCGAUUCUCCUACUGGAAGACAUAGAACGUUCCAAUCUCUUGUGCCAUCAAGCCCAGGUCUCCAAACCAUCCAAAGGUGUCACUGUUGGUGGAUUGUUGAGCGCACUUGACGGGGUGGGCUCUUCAUACCAUCUCGCGAUUGCAACCACAAAUAACAAGGAGACGCUAGAUGAUGCCUUGAUUCGGGAUGGGCGUCUAGGUGAAAUACUACGAACUUCUGCCCUCUACACCAGAUCAAAGGAAGGCAUACUUCAAGCACUUCUACGGCGAGACGAAUGGACCGUCCAGGCAGAACAAGUUGCCUCAGUGACUACGGGACCACAAAAGGCUACCUCCCCGAGUCUAUUGUGGGACAAACCUUGGGGGAAGCGGAACACAUACUAA